UAUUGCAUAACUUCUCGUAUGCCAUGGCUGAAGCUUCUUUCUUGCACAUAGCAAUGUGUCCAUGGCUUGCCAUGGGGCACCUCACCCCAUUUCUUCACCUCUCCAACAAGCUUGCAAACAGAGGACACACAAUCUCUUUCUUCAUUCCAAAAAGAACGAUCUCAAAGCUUCAACACCUAAACCUCCACCCACACCUCAUCACCUUCAUCCCUAUCACUGUUCCUCACGUCCAUGGCCUUCCACAUGAAGCUGAAACCACUGCAGAUGUUCCCCCCUCCUCAAUCACACACUUGGCCACCGCCAUGGACCUCACACACAAUGACAUAGACCUUCUCCUCAAGGAUCUAAAACCACAAAUCGUUCUCUUUGAUUUCCAGCACUGGCUUCCAAACAUUGCAAGAAACCAUGGCAUCAAGUGUAUCCAAUACCUCAUAGUUAACCCAGCUACCGUAGCUUACUUUGCAUCCCCAGCAAGAUUGGGCCAAGGAACCGAAUCAGAUCUCAAGAAACCGCCAUCUCCAGAUUUCCCUGAUACUUCUUCAAUCGAGCUUCGUGCUCACGAACUUCGAAGAUCGGCUGCAUUUAGAAAACUGGAAUUCGGAAGCGGCGUUCUCUUUUACGAUAGGCUCGGCACUGGUUCGGCUUUAUCAGAUGCGGUUGCGUUCAAAGGUUGCAGAGAAAUUGAAGGUCCUUACGUGGAUUAUCUUAAAUCGCAAUACAAAAAACCCGUUAUUCUAUCGGGUCCUCUUUUACCUGAACAACCAAACACUGCCUUGGAUGAAAAAUGGGAAUCAUGGCUUAGUAAAUUCAAAUCCGGUUCAGUUAUUUACUGUGCACUGAGAACUGAAAGCCCUAUGGAGAAAAACCAAGUGCAAGAAUUGUUACUUGGACUUGAACUAACAGGUUUUCCGUUUCUUGCGGUAAUUAAACCCCCAAUGGGAUAUGAUUCCAUUGAAGAAGUGUUACCAGAAGGAUUCAAAGAAAGGACAAAAGAAAGAAGUGUUGUAUACGGAGGAUGGGUGCCGCAACAAUUGAUAUUGGGGCACUCUAAUGUUGGAUGCUUCAUAACACACUGCGGGGCGGGUUCUGUGACGGAGGCACUUGUGAAUAAGUGCCAGCUUGUGUUGUUGCCAGGGCCGUACGGAGAUCAUGUGAUAAAUGCAAGAAUUCUGGGAAGGAAGUUGAGGGUUGGGGUUGAAGUCGAAAAAGGCCAAGAAGAUGGCUUGUUUAGCAAAGAAAGUGUAUGCAUAGUUGUUAAGACUGUGAUGGAUGAUGAGAAUCAAGUUGGAAGAGAGGUGAGGGAAAAUCAUAGCAAAAUAAGGAAUCUCUUGUUAGCUCCACAUUUUGAGUCUUCUUGUCUUGAUGAUUUCAUCCUUCGGCUUCAUGAUAUGCUUUAA